CGAACCUUUGAGCUUUUCUUUGUCCGCAUGUGAAUCAUGCCAUAAGCGAUGUCUGCCAUUGUCUUGUUGCUGUUGAUUGCUUCACUAGCUCUAGUGGGACUCCAAAUCGAUUCUUUACCCUUUGUGCAUCACAAAAGAGGGAGAUAGGGAGGACACUGGAGCCCAGGGAAAUGAUCCGCCAUAGUCCCGCAAGAGCUAGUGGCGCCACUGGUGAUCCUCGCGCACGAGAUUACCAUGCCAAGUCGCAAACAUUCUCCUCAGGUAAUUGGCAUCUCCAGGAGAAUGGAGCCUCUGCUGCUGCUAAGCAAUCGCCAGGAGCGCCACUGUUAAUCCGGCUGGUGAUGAAAAUCUCUAGCCUAGCCUAAGGGAUCAUCAUGGAAGAUAGAGCUACUGUAGUUCAUCCUCAAGUUUGCGAGAUAGAGAUUGACAGACCGGUUGCUAGCGAGAAACGAAGGCCCAGCUUGAAGCUCGAGAUACCCUCCAAGCCCGCGGAUGUUCCCGGGAAACCUCCGGCGGCGACGCCUACGCCGAGAUCGAGUGGCAAGAAAUCCGUGCAGUUCCAAACUUUCAGUAAUGCUCUUCCGCCGCAGCCGCCGCCACCGCCAUCCAUCUCCAACACCCCAGGAGCAGCAACACCCCGAUCAAACUUCUCGCUCAUGCGGCUCCUCACGCCCCGCUCCGCAAGAACAGUGUCUCUUCCAUUGCGAUUCACGCUAUCGUCUUCUUCGUCCGCGUCUCCGUCGUCUUCUUCGUCGACAGGGGCCGCGGCAGUGAGUCCAGAUGCCAUUAGAGAAAAUUUGAUCUCGUCAUCAAAGGACAAGCAGAUCAAACGCUCCAGGUCGGCGCUCGAUGGUCACCAAAAAGAGAAGAAGCUCACCCGGCUUUACUCCGGAACGUUUCUCGUCAAGCCGACCACUCCUCGUCCUCGUCCCCGGGAAACUUCACAAGCAGACGACGGAGCCCAAGACACUGACCAUGCCAACGACACCCAAGACGGCGAGGACGAGGAGAUCCCCGAGGAGGAAGCAGUGUGCCGCAUUUGCCUGUGCGAUCUGGGCGAGGAGGGCAAGACGCUCAAGCUCGAGUGUAGCUGCAAAGGGGAGCUGGCGCUGGCUCACGAGGAGUGCGCUCUCAAGUGGUUUGGGAUUCGAGGCAACCGCGAGUGCGAUGUUUGUGGCCAGGAGGUCGUCAAUCUCCCCGUCACGCUCGUCAGGCUCCAGCAAAACCAAAACAAUAUCAACGCUGAAACUCAAGGUCUCCAGCAAGCUCAAAUGGCGCAAAUGAGUGCUCUCAACAGGAUAUGGCAUGACGUUCCCGUGCUCGUCAUGAUCAGCAUGCUCACGUACUUUUGCCUCCUGGAGCAGCUACUGGUGAGACGAAAGGGCCCUCGAGCAUUGAUGCUAGCUCUGCCAUUCGCCGUCAUGUUUGGAAUGCUCACUGCCAUCACAGCAUCAACGCUUGUGAGGCGGCGUUGUAUGUGGCUCUUUGCCAUCUUUCAGGUCGGUUUUGUCAUACUAUUUGCGCAUGUUUUCUACAGCUGGAUGAAGUUGAACCCAAUCUUAUCAAUUUCGCUGGCCGGUUUUGCGGGAUUCGGAUUGUCCAUGAUCGUGAAUGCUCUCCUCCUGGAAUGUUGGAGCUGUAGAACAAGAGCAGCGCGACAAGAAGACGCAAGCCAAGAUAUCGUGUAAAUAUGUACUGUAAUUCUCACACACUUGUUUUGUGAUAGAACAAAAUGUAUGCAUC